CUGAGAGGAUACAGGCGCGGAUAAAUACACAACAACGCCACAAUGCUGUGAGCUUGUAUGAGGCAGCCUGGGUGAACAUGAUGGAGGAGGCUGCCAGUCAACUGGAGAGAGACCAUGUGCACAGUGUCUAUGACAAGAUCGCUCCGUAUUUCAACGACAGCCGGUAUAAAGCCUGGCCCAAAGUGCAGCAGUUCCUGCUGGACCUGCCGCCUGGGAGCCUCGUUGCUGAUAUUGGCUGUGGCAAUGGCAAGUAUCUCCACAUUAAUAAGGACGUGUUCAAGCUGGGGUGCGAUGUGUGUCGCCCCCUGGUGGACUUUGCCUGGAGCCAAGGGCACGAGGUGCAGAUGUGCGACGGGCUGCACUUGCCUUACAGAGACCGCUGCUUCGAUGCCGUGCUCUCUAUUGCAGUCAUCCAUCACUUUUCCACCAAAGAACGUCGCAUUCGAGCAAUAAAAGAGAUGGCUCGUACUCUGCGGGUGGGCGGCCGCAUUAUGAUCUACGUAUGGGCCAUGGAGCAGAAGCGGCGCAAAUUUGAGAAACAGGACAUCUUCGUUCCCUGGAACCCCAACCCUUAUUUGCCCUCCGGCGUCAGCAGAGAGGAUGUCAAAUCCAGAAGACGAGCCACAGCGCAGAGUGUGAGCGAAGCCAUAGCGACCUCUGAAAAGCACAGGAAGGUUAGAAGCACAUCUUCUGUGGCAGAUGAAGAAGAUCUGCCCGGCUCUUUGCCGCAGAAGAGAACACAGAAACUGUGGUUCUUCUCCAGGUCUCUGGAUUCCGUCUUUGACUUUGGGAGCUUGGCCAUCGCCUGGCCGUCCACCAGAGACCUGAGAUGUUUGUCUUCGCCUACAGGGGAAAACGAGGGGAACAAGCCCAACCUACGCGGGAGAGGACGAGGCCUCAUCAAGCAAGUCUCGAGCUUCUUUUCCCCUCCGUCUGUGAUCGGCUCAGAGGAGGACGUCUUUGACUCGGUCACAGAAUUGCACAAAGAGCCUAAUUAUUCUGGAGGCACUGAUAGCACUGUUAACAACAACGGCACUGAAAAACAAGACAUCUCCAUAUCUUUAGCCCAGGAGUGCAGCUCUCUCGCUUUGCCUGAUCUAAUUUCUUUGCAGAAACCAUCUGGGGAUGAAAGAGAUGAGAGGCCUCAGGGAGAAGAGCGGCCGGUGAGCACACUUAGUCCUCAGGGGGGUGAAGGGCAGGUGGAAGCCUCCUGCCUGAGGUACUAUCACGUCUUUAAAGAGGGAGAACUGGCAGAGCUGAUAGAGCGUAAUGUUGAAGAGCUCCAUGUAAAACACACCUACUUUGACCAUUCCAACUGGUGCGUGGUGGCAGAGAAAAUUCAAUUGUGGAAAAUAUGAUUUUACCUUAUAUUCUGCCAAAGUUUUUGCACUGAACCAUACGUACAAUGAAAUACAUUUUUUAAUUAGGCGAAAGCUGUAGGAAUCUGCACCUGCAGUCAUUGAUGAGGGCAGAGUUAACCCUGAUUUAAUCCACUGCUCCAGAUCUAAUUUUGUAUGUGGUCUUAAACCUGUCGAUCAGAACUUGCACUGUUUUAGAUUAAUUUGGUUUUUAUGAUAAAACGUGAGGACACUAAGAACCGUCAUAAUGUCUUGUGAUUCA